AUGGCUGCCCCAGCUUCUGCCUACAAGGACCGCCAGUUCCUUGCUGUUAUCGGAGAUGAGGACUCGGUGACCGGUCUCCUCCUCGCGGGUGUCGGCCACGUCACGCAGCCGCCGGACAACCAGAAGAACUUCCUCGUCGUCGACAGCAAGACCGAGACGUCUGCCAUCGAGGCCGCCUUCGACAGGUUCACCGAGGAGCCUCUAUCCUUGACGCCUUCUCGUGCACCUGCCUCAAUCGAACAGCAACUGAUUCUGCAGAUUGCCGAGCGUAUACGCCACCGUGUGGACGCCUAUACCGCCGCUUUCCCGUCUCUGCUCGAGAUUCCUUCGAAAGACCACCCCUACGACCCGGACAAGGACAGCGUGUUGAAGCGUGUGCGGAGGCUGUUCGGAGAGUAA